CAGAUUCCUCUCCUUCUCCACUUUCUUUCUUCUCUCUCUCUGCUGCUUUAGAGGUUUCGGUUCGUUUAGCCCAAUUUGAUUGGACGUGUUUGUAAUCUAAAAGUUUUAAAAGGUCGAAUCUUCCAUGGCGUUAUCAGCUAAACCUUCGAGCUUUGGUGUUGUAGCUGAUUGAUCAACCAUGGUUGUAUGAUUCCUACGUCCCUAAUCUCGUUGAUUCUUCUCUCUACAGCUCCAGAUUUUGUUUGUGUGGUUCAGAUUCGCUUAGCUAAAUUUUUGCUGGAUCGAGAAUCAGAGAGUUCAUUCUGGGUUUUUUGUUUUCUUAGAAGGUUGCGGAUUUCUCAGGCAGGGAUUUGAGAAUUUUAGGGUUUCAUGAUUCUUGAUCAUCCCAAAUUGGUAUUGGAUAUCUUAGGGUUGGUUUCAUGAUUCUUGAUCAUCCCAAUCUCUAUCUGUAAUUAGCUUCUUCUUCGUACAAAGACUCGCUUUCUUCAUUUUGUCAAUUGAAUCUGAGAAUUGACCAGCUCUCUCACGCCUGUUAAUUGCUUCCACGGACACUAAAGAUCCCACGGAGUAGACUUUGUUUACCACAAGUGAAAGGAAUAGCCUUCUUGUUUUUGUUUAUUGAUGGGUGAAGAGUUAGCUGACACUAUGAACCUGGAUUUGAAUCUAGGCCCUGAUCCUGAGUCUUCAGAUCUCCAGCAGGCGCUAAAUGAAACUGUGAAUUUGGCUGAUUGGACUAAUGAGCCACCAUCUGAGAGAUCCUCUGACGCUGUGACGAGGAUCAGAACCCGGCACAGGACGCGGUUCAGACAACUUAAUCUCCCCAUCCCUGCUCUCUCUGAAACCAUGGCAGCUAUAGAACUGAGCCAGUUGAUGGGAAGCUCUGCAAACGGUGUUGCUUUGCAGACUGGUGAGGGUAGUGAAAGAGGCAACGAGGAUCUCAAAAUGUGUGAGAACGGUGAGGGAGCCGUUGGGGACGGUGUCUCAGAGAAGAAAGAGGAUGUGGAGAAAAGCAGUGGUGGCAGUGAUGGUAACUUUUUCGAUUGUAAUAUAUGUUUGGAUCUGUCAAAGGAGCCAGUUCUCACCUGUUGUGGCCAUCUUUACUGUUGGUCGUGUCUGUUCCAAUGGUUAAACAUCUCGGAAGCAAAGGAAUGUCCGGUUUGCAAAGGAGAGGUGACCUCCAAAACCGUGACACCUAUAUAUGGGCGUGGAAACCAUAAGAGAGAAGUUGAAGAGAGUUUAGAUACCAAGAUCCCUAUGAGACCCCAUGCGAGACGUGUUGAGAGUUUGAGGAGUGCUAUUCAAAGGUCGCCUUUUACAAUACCGAUGGAAGAAAUGAUUAGACGUAUACAGAGUAGGUUUGACAGGGACUCAACAACCCUUGUCCCUGAUUUUACUAACCGGGAGGCGUCAGAGAGAGUUAAUGAUCGAGCCAAUGCGAUUCUCAACCGGUUGAUGACUUCUAGAGGAGUUAGAUCAGAGCAGAACCAGGCUAGUGCUGCUGUAGCUGCAGAUGAUAUCGAUCUGAGCCCGAUCAUUACACCUGAUCUUGAAGGAGAAACCACCACUAGAUUCCAUCCUCUGUUAAUCAGGAGACAGUUACAGUCACACCGAGUUGCAAGGAUCUCGAAUUUUACCUCUGCAUUGAGUUCGGCUGAGAGGCUUGUAGAUGCAUAUUUUAGAACACAUCCAUUGGGGAGGAACCACCACCAAGAGCUACACCAUCAUGCUCCUGUUGUGGUUGAUGAUAGAGACUCUUUCUCAAGCAUUGCAGCUGUUAUAAACUCUGAGAGUCAAGUGGAUACUGCAGUUGAGAUUGAUUCCAUGGUCACUCUUUCGACAUCUUCGUCGAGGAGAAGGAAUGAGAAUGGGUCGAGGGUUUCUGAUGUAGACAGUGCGGAUUCUCGCCCUCCUAGGAGAAGGAGGUUUACUUGAAACAAGUAAAAGAAAAAGCUUUGCAUCUUGUGGAAGAUGAUGGUGAGAAAGAAGAAGAAGAUUGUAACUGUGUUUUUUCUUUUGUUGCUUGUUGGUUUGUUGUAUCUUGAUUUGUAAUUUCCAAAAUUGGGAUGGUAAUUUUAAUCAAAGUUUCUAUUCUGAUUGAAACUAAUAAUAGUUUCUUAAUCCAUUGUACAAUGGUAUUGUUU